UUCAACUAUAUAUACCCAACACUCUCAUUUCAUUCACUCCAAGUAAUCAUAUAUAUUAUUACACAUUAUUACACAACAGAGAACAAGUUAAUUAAUUAAUUUAAUUAAUUUGGAUUAGCAUUAGAACCAUGGAGAGGAAACCAUCAUCCCUUGGGUUCUUCUUCUUCCUUCUCAUUGUUAUCUUUGCUGCUCAAAUGGUGGUGCAUACAGAGGGAAGAGUGUGUCAGUCAAAGAGCCACAUGUUCAAGGGUGGAUGCUGGGGUGACCACAACUGUGCUCUAGUUUGCCGGAACGAGGGCUUUUCCGGUGGCCGCUGCCGCGGGUUUCGCCGCCGCUGCUUUUGCACUAAGCUUUGUUAAUUAAUUACUUUCAACCGGUUAUGGAAUAUAAUAUAAUCAUUUGGAUGCAAAUAAACUUGUUAAUUAGUUGUAAUUCUACUCAACCUUUUGAAGGGAGGGGUAGCUACCUAGCUUGAUCUUUAUGAUGUGCUUGUCUUUCAGUUAAUUAUUGCAGCAAAUAAUUAAUCAGUGGCAGCUAUAUAUGAUUUUAAUUUUGUUA